AUGACAAGGGCGUAUGACGACUCCACUUACUUCCCAGGUGUUGUCGGUCUCAACAACAUCAAGGCUAACGACUAUUGCAAUGUGGUUCUUCAUGCACUGUCUCAUGUCACUCCUCUACGUGAUUACUUUCUUCGGGAAGAAAACUAUGAGUCUAUUAAAAGACCGCCAGGUGAUAAGCUCAGUCUCCUACCGAAAAGAUUUGGAGAGCUAAUCAGGAAGUUGUGGAACCCGAAAGCGUUUCGUACCCAUGUGUCGCCUCACGAAAUGCUUCAAGCAACGGUACUUUGCUCCGAUAAGAAGUUCCAAUUCAUCAAACAAGGCAAUGUCAUAUUUUUUGUUGAAUACUAG